GCGUCCUCCCGUCCGCGCCCGGGGCCAGCCUUUCCGGCCUCCGGCCCGGACUUCCCGCCCCGCGCGCGCUCCCGGGGGACCCGAGAAGCUCGCGAACGGAGGCUCCGAAUUCAGAAUACAAUUAAAAUGACAACCUCCUGGAGUGAUCGAUUACAGAAUGCAGCAGAUCUGCCUGCUAACAUGGAUAAACAUGCCCUGAAAAAGUAUCGGCGAGAAGCCUAUCAUCGGGUGUUUGUGAACCGAAGUUUAGCCAUGGAGAAAAUAAAGUGUUUUGGUUUUGAUAUGGAUUAUACACUUGCUGUAUACAAGUCCCCAGAGUACGAGUCCCUUGGUUUUGAGCUUACUGUGGAGAGAUUAGUUUCUAUUGGCUAUCCUCAGGAACUGCUCAGCUUUGCUUAUGAUUCUACAUUCCCUACCAGGGGACUUGUCUUCGAUACACUCUAUGGAAAUCUUUUGAAAGUUGAUGCCUAUGGAAACCUCUUGGUCUGUGCACAUGGCUUUAACUUCAUAAGGGGUUCUCAGGUAGCUGCUCAGAAGAGACCAGAAACUAGAGAGCAGUAUCCAAAUAAAUUUAUCCAACGAGAUGACACUGAAAGAUUUUACAUUCUGAAUACAUUAUUCAACCUACCAGAGACCUACCUGUUGGCCUGCCUAGUAGAUUUUUUUACUAAUUGUCCCAGAUAUACCAGCUGUGAAACAGGAUUUAAAGAUGGGGAUCUCUUCAUGUCUUACCGGAGUAUGUUCCAGGAUGUCAGGGAUGCUGUUGACUGGGUUCAUUACAAGGGCUCCCUUAAAGAAAAGACAGUUGAAAAUCUUGAGAAGUAUGUAGUUAAAGAUGGAAAAUUGCCUUUGCUUCUGAGCCGGAUGAAGGAAGUAGGGAAAGUAUUUCUUGCCACCAACAGUGACUAUAAAUAUACAGAUAAAAUUAUGACUUACCUGUUUGAUUUCCCACAUGGCCCAAAGCCUGGGAGCUCCCAUCGACCAUGGCAGUCCUACUUUGACCUGAUCUUGGUGGAUGCACGGAAACCACUCUUUUUUGGAGAAGGCACAGUACUUCGUCAGGUGGAUACUAAAACUGGCAAGCUGAAAAUUGGUACCUACACAGGGCCCUUACAGCAUGGUAUUGUCUACUCAGGAGGUUCAUCUGAUACAAUCUGUGAUCUGUUGGGAGCCAAGGGCAAGGAUAUUUUGUAUAUUGGAGAUCAUAUUUUUGGGGACAUUUUGAAGUCAAAGAAACGACAAGGGUGGCGAACUUUCUUGGUGAUUCCUGAACUUGCACAGGAGCUUCAUGUCUGGACUGAUAAGAGUUGUGGAGAAAAGCUGGAACACAGAGGCAGCAUGCAGCAGGUGCUGGCUGUUGCGCUUUUUGAAGAGCUUCAGAGCUUGGAUAUUUUCUUGGCUGAACUCUACAAGCACCUUGACAGCAGCAGCAAUGAGCGCCCAGACAUUAGCUCCAUCCAGAGACGUAUUAAGAAAGUAACUCAUGACAUGGACAUGUGCUAUGGGAUGAUGGGAAGCCUGUUUCGCAGUGGCUCCCGGCAAACCCUCUUUGCCAGCCAGGUGAUGCGUUAUGCUGACCUCUACGCCGCAUCUUUCAUCAACCUGCUGUAUUACCCGUUCAGCUACCUCUUCAGAGCUGCCCACGUCUUGAUGCCUCAUGAAUCUACGGUGGAACACACCCAUGUAGAUAUCAAUGAGAUGGAGUCCCCGCUCGCCACUCGGAACCGUACUUCAGUGGAUUUCAAAGAUACUGACUACAAGCGGCACCAGUUGACACGGUCGAUUAGUGAGAUUAAACCCCCCAACCUAUUCCCACUGGCCCCCCAGGAAAUCACACACUGCCAUGAUGAAGAUGAUGAUGAAGAGGAGGAAGAGGAAGAAUAAGAACGAAAACCAAAAUGCUGAACACCCAUUAAACCAGUUCUGGCAGGACUCACAGGAGCAGACAAUGUCCCUGCUUGGGUCCUAGCGGGAGUGGGGGGGGCAUUCCAUCAAAGGUAUAUCUGAAAAGUUUCUGAAGCCCUUAAGACAAUUCUAAUCGUAGGGAGAUACUUGUUUUAGUUUUGUGUGUCUACACUCUUUACAGAUGGUUUAAAAUUAUAAUGGAGUCUGUAUUAGGAAAAAGGAAAGGUAAAAGCUGGGCUGAAUUGCAUGAAGAUGGCUCCGUUGUGGCUUGUGACACUGUUUCCUUGUCUUGUUUCAUCAUCAGUCUGUUUAGUGUCUCAGGUGGAAGGAGGAAGAUGAUGGAAGAGGUGAUCCAGAAAUGCUGUUAUGUUACAAAUUGUGCUCUUCCUCCAAAAUCCAUCUUUUUCAGUGCAUUACAUAGUAUUGUAUGUCAGUGGAGAAUACAUUGUUUCCAGGAUCAAAUGUAGUCUUCUGUUUAGGUCAAAGUUUUUUGUGUUCUCUGCUUGCUGUAGGGCUGAUAUGGAAUGGACUGCAAAAGUUUCAUCUUUCUAUAGUUCUAUGAUUGAUAAGCUUUUUUGUUUUUUUCUUUUCAAAAAACAAUCUUCUCAUCUGGGACAGAUCUAUAGAAAGAAUUUAGUUGAAAGAGGACAAAGGAACAGGCCCC